CUUCAUUAUGUGAAACGUGGAGGAAAGACGACAAGUUGCAGAAAUGGACUACUCAAAGUUUCUGGAUGACAACUUUGAUGUCAAGGAAUGGGUCAACACAGCCUUCAGUUCACAGAAGGACCCAGCAGUGAAUAAAGAUCAAUAUGCCACAACUUUGGUCAUGAAACUGCAGAUGUUUAUUCAGGAGGUCAAUAAUGUAAUAGAGGAGUCCAGUCAACAGGCAGUACAGAAUCUCCCACGGGUCAUGAGAGAGCUGGAUGCGGUUAAGCAAGAAUCGUCUCUGUUACAAGAUCAGAUGAAAAUGGUCAAACAAGACAUACAGAAGGUGGAACAGGACACUUCCCAAUCCAUGCAGAUGUUGCUCCAGCUUGACUCCAUCAAGUCUCGUCUAACAGCUGCUGCUGAAGGUCUCCAGGAAGCAGAUAACUGGACGACUCUGAGUGCUGAUGUUGAAGAGGUGUUUCAAUCCAAUGAUACAGAUGCUAUCACAACAAAACUGGCUAGAAUGCAGACAUGCUUACAAAUGUUGGUGGAUACUCCAGAUUAUGUUGAGAGAUGUGGUCACCUUGAGACGCUGAAGAAUAGGCUGGAGGCCAUGCUGAGUCCCCAGUUAGUGGCAGCGUUUAACUCUCAGUCUAUAGAGGCAGCCCAGAAGUUCACCAGGAUAUUCGCCGACAUAGACAGACUUCCUGCACUCUACAAGUACUAUCACAAGUGUCAUAAGACAAAUCUGAUGACCAGUUGGACCACUGUGAUGGAAGCCAAGACAGAAGGUUCCCUGACAGACUGGAUGUCGGAGUAUUACGAUUUACUGCUUACUACCUGGCAUAACCAGAUUAAAUGGUGUAGCCAGGUGUUUGCUGACCCCGUCCCGAUCGUCUGUGACCUGAUCACAGAAGCACUCUCCUCUAUAGACCUUGCUUCAAGUAUAUCCAAACACCUGAGUCAGCGCAGGGAUAACCUGGUAGCUCUGACAGAACUCAAGGAGAUAUCGGAGAGAUUUUCAAAGAGUAUAGAACAGUCUGUGGAGACGCAUGCUAAAGUUGAAAAGCUUGAGCACACUCGGAGCCUGGAGAAGCUGAUGAUGAUGAUCUACGCCCCAUACCGACCCUACAUCGCCAAGUACAAGUCUAUGGAGGAGGCAACUCUAGGUUCUGAUCUCAACAACGUUCGUCUGGAUGAUGCUGAAGUGUUUGAAACAGUACAGUUGUUAGCAGCUUCUGUAAACAAGCUAUUCAAUAUAGCAAAAGAAGCUAAUGAGAGAUGUCAGCGUUUGUCCAAUGGUUGUGGCUAUGAAUUUUUGCUUGAUGCUUUAAAGACCUACUUCAUCAGCUACUGUCGAGAGUUCCGUCGUGUGAUGGUCAACAUUAAGGAGAAGUGUAAGGGCAGUCAUAAACAGGACGCCGAGGACUGGACACUGUUCCAGCAGUCCCUUCGUAUCAUACAGACAUGUGGGGACCUGAUAAUGCAUGUUGAUGAGUUGGAUGGCAAUAUCAUCAGCAGUAUAAUGCACACCAUAGCACACUACUCCAACCCUGGGUCUCCAGUCAAGGAGGUGGGGAAAAUCAGACUUGCUGGUAAACGGUCAGUUCUGCAUGCUCAAGCCUCGCUGUUUCUGAGUAGCAGUGAGGAUAUCGCUAACCUGGAAAAUCUUGUCAGCAAGCUGGAGGAAGGAGAAACCCCAUCAGUUCUGACAGACAUCAAGAAAGAGUUUUGUCGACUCAGCGAGGAGGUUCAUCGGUUCUCAUUUGAUAUUGUAUUUGCUCAGCUAAAGGACUACCUCAUAGAUCUGGCCAACAUGGAGAUUUGGAUGUCUAAAAGUGCUGGUGGAGCAUUGACCUCUGACCUUCCAACUUUCAGUCUUUCACCUCAGGAGUAUAUCACCAAGAUUGGUCAGUACAUGAUGACCCUUCCCCAACACCUAGAACCAUUCACCAUGCAGGACAACCCAGCGGUCAUUGUGGCUCUCAAGCAUGGGAAACUACCAUACACAGAUGAAAUGGAAUUGCCUGAACACACAGCGGACCUAUGGCUGGAGUCUAUCGCUCAUGGAACCAUGCAUUUCUACUGUGAAGAAAUACUCAAAAUACAUGAACUGACCACCCAUGCUACAAAACAGCUAACAACAGAUAUAGACUACCUGUGUAAUGUACUGGAUGAUCUAGGACUGCACAUGUCUGAAACCUUGAAAAAUAUUGACACACUUUUAAAGACGUCGACAGAAGACUACCACGAUGUGACAGAAAACAUGCCACAGAGAUUAGCACACGCCAUCAGCAGCAUGAGGAGGAUAGACUUGUAGGUGUGAUACGCUAGGGGAGGUGUGUCUAGGGGGAUUUCAGUGAGACGUGAUGGAUAAAGCGGUUAAAUUGAUGGAUUCUAUUUGACAACCAAGAUUUACAUAGUUUGCUACGUUAUGGUGACUUGUUCAGUAAACCUUCAUCAGCUUAUAGAACGAAAUAUCCAUUUUUGAUGAAAAUGUGAAAUAUUAUAUGCAAUAGAUGCUUUCAACAGCUUUGAUGAGGAGGAUGCAUAUCUCUGUUUAACUGUUAACCCUUUCAACACUGUAGACCAUAAUGGGCUCAUCCAGAUCAAUUUAUGGUACUUGUUAUUAAAGUUACAUAGGGGUGAAAUGGUUAAGGAAAGCAGUGUCAGACACAAGUGGGACCACAUCAUGUCAGUAUAACUUGCAUGAGGACAUUCCUAUGACCAUGAUAGGAGGCAUGGAAGUCUAGAGGUAGGAUGGCAGGCUCAGGACCGAAGGGUUGCAGGUUUGAGUCAUGUCACGGCACUUUGUUGUAUCCUUGAGCAAGAUACUUUACUCCGCUUGUUCCAGUCUACUCAGCUGUAAAUGGGUAUGUGGUUGGGCAGUGCUAGAAUUGUUGAAUGCUAGGUGUGAGCGCCGAAAUGGCAGCACUGGCUGUAUGCUCCCAAGGGAGUUGAGAAAGAUAUUGGCUGGUUGCAAAGGCCCUAUAUAUCCAAGGAUAAUAAUUUGUGAACUACUUUGAGACGACUAGCUAGGUUGUGAUAAAGCGGUAUAUAAGAACCUUGAAUUAUUAUGAUAAUUAUUGACACAUUGAGGUCUGGUUAGUAAACGGCUAAAAAUCUUUUCAAGGAUAAGGGCUUAUAUGUAACAUUGCCCUUUCAUGAAUUAUUAAUUAAUUAAUUAAAAGAUAAAUAAUAUUUUGACACAAAAUUCAAAAUAAAACUUAUUUUUUUAAUUUAGUAAUUAAGCUAACAAAGUAAAAUCUUUCUGAUAUAAUUUGUUUUAGAAAAUUGCUAAAUAGACAAAAUGUAAAUAUCACAGAGAAAAAAAUAAUUUGUUGAUUAAAAUUUGGAAUGUAUAUAUAUGUAUACCAAUUGUUAAUAAUCUGUUGUAGAUAUAAGGACAAAAUAGGAAUAAAUUGAUGAAUUCAAACCAUUGGUAAUUUUUACUUGUGGGUUUAGUUCUUGAGAACAUAAAAUAUGUUCUGUGGGUGUAUCAGAGAUACAUGUAUAUUAUAUUGUUUUAUGUCAUUGUCUAUAUCUUUAUGGGGUUUAAUUUAUUGGUGCAAAAUGAGAAAUGAAUGAAAGGAUGACAUGUCAUGUAUAAAUAUGUGUAUGUAUUGGUAUGACACAAUGAAUGUCCUGUAUGAGCAACUUUUAUAAUACCAUGUAUGUCAAUGUGUUUUGUAUGAACACUGUAUGCAAUCUUGCAUGUAUGAAUUAUGUGCUAUUUCAUAUCAUGUUAUGAUGUGUGAGAAAGUUAUGAUAUAAUGAUAUCAUGUAAAAAUGUGAGAAGUGUCUGAAGUUUGUGUCCUAUCAUGAUCCGGCAUCUCAAAAAUCACUGAAAAGCAGAAAUUGGAAUUAGCAGAGCUGAGGCCAUUGAUAUGACAUAUAUUAUAAUUACUAUCUUGUAUUGAUCCAAUAUUAAUUAGUGUGCUGUUACAUUAUUGAAAUGUUACAUGUUAUGAAUGCUGCAUGAAAUGCAAUAUUAAGGAUGUACAUUAUGACUAGUAAUGAUGUAUGACAUUUUAUAAGACUGCAUAGUCACCUAGCACACAGAAUGAGAAGAAUACCAUGAUCAUGAGCUCAUCUGGCUGGAUUGAUAAAGGAAUAAUUUUCUUUUGACAUUCAUUUUAAAAUUUCUAAAACCCAAGUGUCUGGAUUAUAUGAAAUCAAAACUGUAUAUUAACGUGAUUUAUUGCUCAUGUAAUCACGGUAUUAAAAUUGUUUUUAAUCAAUUCUU